AUAAUAAUAAAAAUAAUAGCAUUUAUUUCAACAAAGUCAAAGGCAACAAGUACAUGUUCCAUAAUCAACAUUGAGCAGAAUAAAUAUUAAUGAACACAAUAUGAUGUUGAUCCAAGUCUUCCCUGAACAACACUGUAAAACAUUUUUAUCAUUGCAAUGAAUGAUGAGUAAUCUUUUCUGACGAGUUGCUCUUUUAAAAUGGAAGUACCCAAUAUUCAUUACACAUUAGCUUUUCACAUCAUGUACAGAUAAAUUAUCAUUUACACCUGUUGACAUGGAAUAAAUUCCUCUUCAAUAUAUUCUUAAUCAAUACACUGUUCUUAUAAAAAGCAUAAAUGAAUAUUAAUUUAAAUACUUCUUGUGAGUACAUUCCUAAGGGCACUUUUCCCAUCCUUGACUAGCUUGUACUACUUUUCUUUCCUCUCCACUGACUACAUUUCCUAUUACACCUUAGUCCUCUCUUGAUUGAGGUGCAGGCAAAAUUAUUCUAAUUGAAUUGUCCAUUAUAUAAUCAACCAUAUGAUCUAUAGGUCUAAAUAUAAUUGGUAUACAUGAUAAACCAAUAGCUGUAGUGAUCCACUUUCGGGUAAUCGACGGCAUUUUAGUCAUUCGUGCAAGUGCAUAAUUAGAACAAGCACAAACUCUAUUUAUGGUGUAACCAGGAACAAUUACAGAUGCAAAUGCCUGCCAAAUUAGUGUAUCAGCUGCAACUGACAUCACUGCUGUGUUGCGAUUGGCUUCCGUUUUGUAAGGAACCGCACUAGCUUUGCUUGCUUUGUCAUAGGUGUCUGCAAGAACAUAAGCACUGGAUAUUCCGUAAGUAAGACGUACCCAGUUAACAUGAACGAGUGAACGAAAUGCUUCUCCCACUUCAUUGGCAUAUCCCAAUAAACGAACUGGAGUAUCUCUAAAUAAAUCAACACCGUUGUCUCCCAUGAUUAUUUCACUUCAUUCGUCCAAAAGAAGUAAUGUUCAUCAACUAUCCAUCUUCGAGUUUGGUGGAAUGAGAUAAUUUUGCUGCCCGGAACAAAAAUCGGAGGAAUAGCGUAGCGAAGGCAACUACAAAGCGCAGAGCGUAUUUGUACAUACCAGAGAGUAUUAUAUACUUUGAUUAAAAUUUCACUUAUUCCACGUGCAUUAUUGUCAUUAUCAAGUAUUAUUAAUAACACAAGACGCAUCAGUACGUCACAGUACACACACUAUUAGCGUGUUUGCUGAGAACAUCGAUUUUCCACAGUGCAAUGUUAACCUAUUUUGAACCGUUAAUUCCUUUUUACAACUUCAUAAAAAAUAUCCCAAAUAAAUGCUACGCUCGACCCAUUCAUCUAAUGAUAAUGAGAAAAUAAUACACGAGUAGAGCCUGUCAUAAUCUUGUACUUACGACCUUGGUCGUUCGGAUUAUGUGCUGAUAAUACCGUAGACUUACUUAGUAACCGAUAAUUUAGUUCAUUACAUCCAAGUGUGGUAAGUGGCCCAGUUGUCCUCCCACACGAUUGCCCUAUUACAUCUAUUUAUAGGAGAAAUGCGUGAACUCCAUGUGCAAACCCCCUUGAUAAAAAGUGACUAUUUCAGUUCAUUUUUAGAACAUAAUGUUUACUUGAAAAUGGAAUCCAGCCAAGUAUCUGGAUCUUUCAAAAUACGAGGCAUUGGUAAUCUUUCCGCAAAGUGUGUUGAAAACGGAUGUAAAACACUCAUUGGAUGUUCUGGAGGUAAUGCUGGAAUUGCUGUAGCUCAUGCUGCAAAGCUGCUGAAUGUUUCAGCCACAGUGUUUGUUCCUGAAACAACUUCCCAAAGAUCAAUUGCGCUAAUGAAAUCACAAGGAUCACAAGUAAUUGUGAAGGGAGCAAAUUACAACAAAGCUUUAGAAGAAGCAAUUCAAGAGAGUAAGAAACCUGGUAAUGCUUUAAUUGAUGCUUAUGAUCAUCCUGAUAUUUGGGAAGGCCAUUCAACAAUUAUAUCUGAAAUUCAGGAACAGUUAAAUGAAAAACCAAGCAUUGUAAUUGUACCAGUUGGAGGAGGUGGUUUGCUUCUUGGCAUUUUACAGGGCCUGGAGAAUGCAGGUUGGACAGAUGUACCUGUCCUUGCAAUGGAAACAUUAGGUGCACAUUGUUUCAAUAUGUCUGUGAAAGCUGGAAAAGUGAUUCCUCUUGAGAACAUCACCAGCAUAGCUACAACUCUUGGUGCAAGAACAGUACCACAACAGCUAAUAGAUAGUCUAGCCAAAUUUAAAAUAAUAUCUGAAGUGGUAACAGAUGCUCAAGCAGUAAGCAGCUGCUUGCACUUUGCAGCCAAUGAGAACACAGUAGUCGAACCGUCAUGUGGAGCAGCUCUAGCUUCAGUCUACUGCAAAGUAUUACAAACACUUAUCAAAGACGAAAGGGUUCAUUUGACAGAUGGUCCAGCAAUUGUCAUUGUUAGUGGGGGCAGUGGUGUAACUUUGAAUAUGUUGCGAACAUGGGCCAAUGAAAUGAAUGUAUGAAAGGAGAAUAAAACAAUUUGAGAAUGAUGAGUAAAAUUGUUCUAUUGUCUUGAUGAAUGAAUACAAUAUUAAAGAAUUGCAAUGAAAUAUCUUAACACAAUGUUUCAGACACAUAUUCUAGAAUCUUAUCAACACUUUUAAAACCAUAGUUUUACUUAUUUCAGCAUUACACUAGUGCUCUUUUGGUAUUAAGCUUAAAAGAUUAGUAUAAAUCUUCUAUUGUUAUAUUGUCAAUGGAAUCUUUCCAAAUCAUCAUUAUCAAUGAUCACAAUCGACACAAAGCCUUUGUCCUCUUACCAAUUUCCAUUUCUCCUCUUAUUAUGAUGGACUUUUUAAUAAAAAUUUAAAUACAAAAAACAUUUGCACUUAUAUUUACUAAUACAAAGAAUUAGAACUUUACAACAUAAAUAAUAACAGGUGAAACAAGUCAACAUAAUUAAAUACAAAGAAAAUUGUUAACAAACAAGAAUACAAUUAUUUCCAUCUUAAGAAGUUUUCAAUAAAUUACCUUCAAAAUAAAACUCUGGAAAUUAAUUAUGGUAAGAUGUUCAAAUUAGGUGAAAGAAUGAGCAACACAAAAAUCAAAUGAAUAGCAUAAGUUAAAGUGGGAAUGUAAUUGUAUGCUCAACAUUUCCAACCAGCUGCAACCCCCUAUU